UGCUUUUCUGGCAUCACUGAAUAUUAACAUGAAAAGUAGUAGAAUGUGUCGAGAUUUGUGAAAUCAAGAUAAACAAUAAGACGUAUUCAAUGAUUAGAAGUUAAUAAAACCAACAUGAUAAUAUAAGUACAUAAAAGAAGAAAAGAUGUCGAGGCAAUCGUUUAGUAUUGUUAAAUAUUAUCCAGAACAGGAAAAGGGCAGAUGUGGUUAUUGCAAAAGUCCUGAUACAAACUGCAGUUAUGGUAUGUGGGCGCAGAGGUUAACCGUAGAAGAUUACCAAGCUUUAUUAGACAGAGGUUGGAGAAGAAGUGGUUGUUAUUGUUAUAAACCACUUAUGGAUCAAACCUGUUGUCCUACGUAUACCAUAAAAUGCGAAGCGCUUCAGUUUAAAAUUACCAAAUCGCAGAAGAAGAUCCUGAAAAAAAUGGGAAGAUUUUUGAGAAACGAACUGAACAAGGACGACACUAUGGAUACGAGCGAAGAUGAUGAUGUCAGAGACAUCGGAGAAUUUCCUAACUAUAGUAAACAUCUUCGAGAAACGGAAGACUGUGGUUUCGAAAUGGAUGUGAAGUCUGUUAACGAGGAAGUAAAUAACAAAGUACAGCCCGACGUGUCGGAGAAUGAAAAACAGUGUAACGAUCCAGACACUCAACAGAAACAUUCGGAGAGUUUACCAUGCGCGUUGAGUCGUAAAGAAGAUUCGCACGAUAUAUCGCAAAGCGUGGAAUCGGUAGAAAUGAAUUCCGUCAGAGCGCCGUGCAAGAAAGCCAAACUUCUGCGCAUCGAGCGCAAACAAAAGAAGUUACUGGCCCAAGGGAAGACUCAGGACGAAAUAGACGCGAUGUUCAAAGAGAACAAGCAACAAAAUCGUGCUAAAAGUUUAGAGGAAUUGUUCGAAGAAAUGUUGAGCGGAACAAAGAGAUUGGAGCUGAAACUAGUUAGAACUUCGCCAAUGAGCUCCGGAUACAUAAAGACUUCGAAUGUAUCUUACGAACUGUAUAAAAAAUAUCAGACAAUAGUACACGGAGAUCCAGCAGCGAAGGUUACAGAGGAACGAUAUGCGAGAUUUCUUGUGAAAUCGCCUUUGCAGCAAUGGAAACCAAGCAAUGGCCCGCCCACCGGAUACGGUACCUUCCACGAACAAUAUUGGUUAGACAAUGAACUGAUAGCCGUCGGAGUGAUAGACAUUUUGCCGGCGUGCAUUUCGAGCGUAUAUUUUUUUUACGAUCCAGCGUAUGCUCAUCUCUCCCUUGGAACAUUUAGCUCUUUAAGAGAGGUUUGCUUGACGAGGGAACUGAACCGAUCGGCGGAAAACUUGAAAUAUUAUUAUAUGGGAUUUUAUAUACACACAUGCCCGAAAAUGCGAUAUAAAACACGGAUGAAACCAUCGAAGCUGCUCUGCCCUGAAACGUACAGGUGGUUCGACGUGGAGCCUUGCCUGCGGAAAUUGGACAAAGAGAAAUACAGCAGACUGAACGACGACAUCGACGCUAUCGACGAAGAUGGCGUUAUUAAUGUCAACGAGGUAUGCAUAAUACAUGCCAAGGUUAAAAUGACUUUCAGAGCUUUCAAAAUACUGAUCAAACCGACUGUUACUAAAGAAGAGGAAGAAGAGGUCGAAGAGUACGCUCGUUCGGUCGGAAUGAAGUGCGCGCGAAGUAUGUAUCUCUACCGUCGUUAAAACCAGGCUGCGUACUGGUCACAGUUAGUAUAUUUCUUUUCGCGUUGCGAUAGCGAUUCGUUGUUUUCACGGACGAACAAGUCACUAAAAAAAAGCUAGUUCUAAGACGCGAUUAACCUUUUAACUGGAAUGUUAAAUCUACGAAAAACGCAUUCUGUCCUCGACGUGACAAAUCCAUUACGACGAGUUAAUUCGUCGCACAAUAGAAACGCAUUCUCCAUUGGCGAAUUAACUCGUCGUCCCCCCCCGGUUAAAAGUUUUUAACAUUCAGCGAAUCGAGUGAAACUUAACAGCUUCGAAUAAAGUAUUUAUGAUAAUAAGUGUACGGAAAGUUGAAUGAAAAUAAAAAAAGAAAUUAGUUCUGUUGAGAUGCAUUUUUUAACGUACAUGCAUUAAUUAUUGCUUUUAUGAAUAUUACGAACGAGUUUCCGACGACAGAAACGAAACAUUACCUAUACAUUACAGAAUACCGGUAUAAUGUAUCUGUUGCUUUGAUUAUCUUCCUAAUAACCGAGAUCUUAGAUGUAUGAUGUCCGGUUGAAGAAGAUGAGUCAUGUAAUGCAGCUCUGACGUUCUUGCACAAUGUCGUAUUCGGAACUGGUCGAAAAUAUUUCGAUUUCAAAACACAGAAAACACUUUAGGGGGCCAUUCUACCUUGCAGGCACGAAAAAUACAUGUUUGUGAUUUUUUUUUGCGGGCUAUCAAAGAGCAAUUAAUUCCGGGUUUUGUAGGUACGUUUAUUAUAUAUUUAGCUAUAUUUACGAAUUUUUUUAAUGCAUGAUAUCUAUCGAUUACGCUGUUUUUGUUGAUCAACAAACAACAGUUUUUACGA